AUGGGAGCGAUGGAGGAAGAGCUGAAAUGUCCCGUUUGCGGGUCUUUCUUCAAGGACCCGAUCCUGCUGCCGUGUUCUCACAACGUCUGCCUGGCGUGCGCGCGGAACAUCACCGUGCAGACGCCGGACGGAGAGACCCCGGCGCAGAGCCGCGCCUCGGGCAGCUCCGACUACGACUACCUGGACAUGGACAAGAUGAGUCUGUACAGCGAGACGGACAGCGGCUACGGCUCCUACACCCCGUGCCAGCUCAAAUCUCCCAACGGGGUGCGGGUGUUCCCUCCGGUCGCGCAUCGAAACUGCUCCCUCACCUGUCCGCUGUGCCACCGGAGCGUCUCCUUGGACGAGCGGGGGCUCAGGGGGUUCCCUCGGAACCGGCUGCUGGAGGCCAUCGUGGCUCGGUACCAGCAGACCCGCGGCGCCUCCUCCUCCUCCUCCGGGGUGAAGUGUCAGCUGUGCGACCGCAACCCGGUGGCGGCGACGGUGAUGUGCGAGCAGUGCGACGUCUACUACUGUCACUCCUGCCAGCAGCGGUGCCACCCGUCCCGCGGUCCGCUGGCCAAGCACCGCCUGGUACCUCCGCCGAACCAAGCGGCAGGAGGAGCAGGGGCGGCUGGCGGUGGAGGAGGUGCUGCCGGCGGAGGGAGCGGCGGGCACCCGCCGCCGGUGACCGCCCGGAAACCGGCGACGUGCGUGGAUCACGAGGCGGAAAACUUCAACAUGUACUGCUGCAGCUGCAGGGCUCCGGUGUGCGUGAAGUGUCUGGAGGAGGGGAAGCACGCCAAGCACGACGUCAAACCGCUGGGUGUGAUGUGGAAGCAACACAAAUGUCAGCUCUCGCAGGCUCUAAGCGGCGUGUCGGACAAAGCUAAAGAGGCAAAAGAGUUCCUGGUUCAACUCAAGAACAUGCUUCAGCAGAUACAGGAAAAUGGUGUGGAGUUUGAAGCUUGCCUCGUGGCACAGUGCGACUCUCUGAUAGAGGCGCUGACCAGACAGAAAGCCAAACUGCUCACCAAGGUCACCAAGGAGAAGGAGUACAAACUGAAGGUGGUACGUGACCAGAUCACCCACUGCACCAUGAAGCUGCGGCAGACCACCGGCAUGAUGGAGUACUGCCUGGAAGUUCUGAAGGAGAACGACCCGAGUGGUUUCCUGCAGAUCUCUGACGCCCUGAUCAAACGGGUGACGUCGUCUCAGGACCAGUGGGUGAAAGGGGCCCUGGAGCCGAAGGCCGGCCCCGACUUUGACCUCACCCUCAGCACAGACUCACUGCUGCAGACCAUCCUGCAGCUGGACUUUCGUCAGGUGGAGUCCGGACCCUCGGUGCCGCCUGCCCCCCUCCUGCAGCUGGAGAAGUGCUGCACCAGGAAUAACAGCGCCACCUUGGCCUGGAGGGUGACGGUGCCGCCGGAGAACCCCAUGGAGGGCUACAUCCUGGAGCUGGACGACGGCAACGGAGGACAGUACAGGGAGGUGUACGUGGGGAAGGAGACGGUGUGCACGGUGGACGGGCUGCAUUUCAACAGCUCCUACAACGCCCGGGUGAAAGCCUACAACAACGUCGGCGUGGGACCGUACAGCAAGACGGUGGUGCUGAAGACUUCUGACGGUACGUGUGACGAGAACUCGCUUCCUGAGGGUUCUGCUUUUGCUAAAUGUCGUGUUCUUCGUACAGUGGCAUGGUUCACCUUUGACCCCACCUCAGCUCACCGGGACAUCGUUUUGACGAAUGAAAACCAGACAGCUUCGUGUAACAGCUACGACGACCGGGUGGUUCUGGGGACUGCUGCUUUUUCUAAGGGCGUUCACUACUGGGAGGUCAGCGUCGAUCGCUAUGACAACCACCCAGACCCUGCAUUUGGUGUGGCGAGGAUCAACACCAUGAAGGAGAUGAUGCUGGGGAAAGACGACAAGGCCUGGGCCAUGUAUGUGGACAACAACCGCUCCUGGUUCAUGCACAACAACUCCCACACCAACAGAGCGGAGGGGGGCAUCAAUAAGGGCUCCACCGUGGGCGUCCUGCUGGAUCUGACGAAACGCACGUUAACUUUCUACGUAAACAAGGAGCAGCACGGACCAACAGCCUUCGAGAACCUGGACGGGGUGUUUGUUCCUGCCGUUAGCCUCAACAGAAACGUUCAGGUGACCUUACUGACAGGCCUGGAGGUGCCAAAGAACAUGAAACAGUGAGAGCCGCUUCCUCCUCCCCGAGCGUGCCCUGCAUACAAACCUUGGAUGUCACGCCCGGCCUCGGCUGCAGCUUUUUCCUGAAGCGUCAGGCGGGAUUCCUCCUGCCCUCCAGGUGCCCUUUGUCUCAGAAACGCCACGAUGUUUUUGAACGAAGGGAUAAUUCUGAGUCCUGAUUGGCUGUAAACUCCUGUGGACUUCAAAACAAGCAUGUAAAGGUAAAUUAAUCACAUCCCAGUUUAACCAGAACGACUCCGGUACAUGAAACAGAUUUUACGUUGUCAACCUUAAAUAAUGAAACCAAACCAACAGAAGACGUUUUCACUGUGCAGUAUUUUAAAGAAUCACACCACGGUUUACAGCAACACGGUGCUUUCAGAGCUGAAGACGGGACGAAAACGAUCCCGCUGCAUUUAUUUACAUCUAGAAGUUACAAGAAGAAGCUUUCAUUUGGCUCUCGGAGGGACUGAGCAACCAGGAGACGGUUGUUGUGGGAGUCGUUUCAUUGUUGAGCUGCAUUUAACUCCAUUUAAUUUAUCUGUUAGUUGGAAUCACGAUCUGUCUGUUGUGAAGCAGCUCAGAGGUUUUCGGUGCCGUUGUCUAAAAGGUUUUUACUCCGAUGUCGAUCUAAAAAAAUAAUGGGCUGAAUUCCAUUUCAUUAAAAAGGAAUAAACCUGGGAGUCGACCUCCUGCAGUGAAGCUGAUCUGAGCUCAUUUCACUUCCUUCUUCGAGGAAAACUUUUCACCGGCUCUAAUUUACUUUGAGACGAACACUUAAAAUUAAAAUUUAGAUUAAUCUCUCUGAUAGAGUAAGUGUCGAGAUGAGAAAAACCACAGACUUUAUAAAUGUGGUAAAAAAAAAAAAAAAGUUGAUAUUGUCAUAAACAUUUGAAGCAGCAGCCAAACCAGUUUAAACUCUAUAUGGUGGAGAACGAACGUGAUGACCUAACAGACAUUACCAGUAAACAGGUAAUGGUCCAAAACAGAAAAGUUUUAACUGAUUGAGAUUCAAGAUGAACAUUUAAAGAAACUAAAGUGAAACCGUUCCCCUGAGGGUCGCUUUGCUCUGAAGCAGACUGAUUAUAGAGUUGUCCCUCGCUACUUCGCAGUUCGUUCAUCGCAGGUUUUCAAAAUAAGAGUGGACAUGACACACAUUUG